AUAUAAGGGCCACCACCACCCAGAAGAAUCCCAGGAGACCGUGCAGGAGAACAAGGAUUCGCGAUCAUCCUCCUCCAAACCCGUGUCAGCACAAGAUGUUUCAGCUUUGGAAACUUGUUCUCUUGUGUGGCCUGAUCUCUGGGACCUCAGCAGGUAUUCUUCAGAACCUGAAGGAGGACUUGAACCUGCUUCGGGAUACCAAUGGGUGGCAAGCCAUCCAGGACAAGUUCCACCAAACUAAAGUUGUGUUGAAUGAUGCCCUUUCUAAAACAAUUGAGAGCAUUGCUUUGGGGUUGAAAAUCAGUAAUGUCCACAUCUUGAAUUUCAAAGCCGAACCAACUCCUGAUGGCCAAGGCGUUCAACUGAGGUUCCCCACAUCUGCUGAUGUCUCCUUGACCCUGCCUCUCAUUGGGCAGGCAGUCCACCUGAACGUUUCCUUGGACCUCCUGGCUACUGUCGAAGUUGAAACUGAUCCCAAGAGUGGUGACUCCAGAGUGGUCUUGACAGAUUGCGCCAGCGACCCAGACAGCAUCUCAUUCACCUUGUUGGGCGAACACAGCACACUGGUCAACAAGCUCUCAGGCACCAUAAGCAGCCUCCUGAGCGACACUGUGUCCUUCCUGGUGCAGAACCAGAUGUGCCCACUGCUGCGUAUCUUCGUCAGCACCCUGGGUCCGCAGUUCGUUGAGAACGUCAUCAAUAACGGUCAGCAGGGAGCCGAUGUGCCAGCCAAUGCCUGAAGAGGGCAGAUGAGGUGGACUGCUGUGAUGCCCCCAGCUGAUUAAUUUCCAGUUGCUUGACCAUGUUUCCUUGCAGUAUCUCCCCCUGGGAAGAUGCUGCCACCAUCCAACUGGACUGAAAGCCUGAGACCAGAAGAAACCCUCUCAGCCACUCCUUGCCUUCACAGUUGAGACAGCAGUCUAUGCCCAUCACCCGCCCCCCUUCCCCAGCAAUAAAAGCCACUUCUGCAUC